CUCCUGCCUCAGCCUCCCAGAGUGCUGGGAUGACAGGUGUGCACCAUGCCCCAGUUCCAUGGCUUUCCGACGUUGCUCCAGGAUGCUGGCAUUUGGAAGCACAGUGGGAGCAGCUCUGCCCCCUAGUGGUUUCUCUGUACACUCAGGCACUCCAGUGUCUCCACAGUCCCUGAUCAGAACCCAGCCAGGACCUGACCCCGCCCAGGGGCCUGGCUCACGUCUCCAAGUGCCCCUUGCAGCACAGGCCCCGCCUUCCGGUGAUGAUGGCCCCAGUUCCACUGAGACCCUGGCUGCGGGGUCCAGAACUCUCCCGCUGGGCCGCUCCGAAGGUCUUGUACGCAGAUACCCCGGGAGGGAGACACACGCAGGACCAAGUCAUCACGGGGGUGAGGCAGCAGCUCCGGAGCUCACACACCCGUCAGAGGCGCCUCGUGAGCGGGAUCCGGGUGACAAUGAGUCACACACGCGUGAAGCUGUCCCGGGUCGCGGAGGAACAGCAAGGAGGGAAAUAAACACAUACUGUUUCAGGAGAACAAAGUCUUUUUCAGGCUGGCCCGGAACUCACCGAGUUUCUCCUGCCUCGGCCUCCCCAGCGCGCACCACCAUGGCCAGGUUCUAAUUUAACUGAAA